AUGACCGGGGCUCGCCCGCCGGCAGGGACCAGGGGAGGGGUGGCUAGACUCGCCAGCUUCGACAGAGGUGUGCUGAUGCCAAACCCCCAAAAAUUGGAGAGAGGAGAAGAGGCGGGACAUUGCAGAAUACUCUAUUCGGCCUCCGGGUCCCAAAUCGACGCCCAGCGACAUUACAAGUAUCAGCCACACCGUUUUGCGAGAACCACAAAUGCCGACAAAAGCACGAUAAAGGCAACAAACGGGUUAUCCGAAAAACCAAAACCUUAUGCUCUCCAACGGCUAGAUCGCGGUAUUUGCGCACCACAGAAACGCCACCAAGGUAGAGCUCGACUCACAUCCACCCAAGGGAUGCGAGGCUGGCGAAGAAAGUGCGAGUGCCAGGCUGCCAAUGAAAGCCCACCACACCAAACAACCCCAAUCUCGUCAAUGACGCGCCGCGGCUACGCGGACCAGCAGCCGGUGGAUGAUGCCUGA